UUGCGAUUUUAAGCAUCGAGGGAGCCGAUAUCGUGACGCCGUUGAGGAUCGGGGCGUGGAAUGUCCAGCGCCUCGGGAAAACCAAGAUGAGCAAGCCUGAAGUGGUUUCCAUCAUGGUUCAGGUACUUCGCAGGUACGAUGUAGUGGCGGUGCUGGAGGUGCAAGACGUCUCGGAAGAAACACCGAAACGUCUUCUAAGUGCUCUCAACGAAGGACUGACUGAUACCUACAACCUCUCGCUGUCCAAACGGGUAGGAAGGAGAAGCUACAAGGAGCAGUACGCCAUCUACUACAAGCCCUCAAGAGCUACCCUGGUGUCCGCCCAACAGUACUCCGACCCAGUCGACGCCUUUGAGUAUGACCCCUACGUGCUGGUGUUUGAAGAUUCGAAUCAGCUGCGGUUCGGAACUGUCUCUAUCCACACCAAACCGGACAACGCGGUACAAGAGAUUGAUGCGUUGGUGGACGUGUACGAAGAUUUGAGGUUGCAUCUGGGCGCUAACGACGUGAUAAUCCUGGGGGACUUCAACGCAGGCUGCAACUACGUGACGAACAGCGAAUGGGCCAACGUCCGGCUUCGACAAGAUCCGCGCUUCAACUGGCUCAUCUCCGAUCACGUCGACACAACAGUCAAGGGCACAGCUUGUCCCUAUGACAGGAUCGUGGUAUCAGGAUCCAACCUAACGAGUGUCGUAUACUCGGGCUCCGCUACAGCCUACUACUUCGAAGAGGAACUCGGACUUAAAGACCAUGCGUUGAUUGAGGACGUGAGCGACCACUACCCCGUGGAAGUCCGCCUGCGAGGUGCUGUGGCCCCCGAGGUGUUGGCAAAGGUGACUUCGAACGUUGCUAUUGAUGUCAGUUUUGAGGCCACGCAGGAAGGCCUCGCGAACAUCACGGAAUGCGGGAAUGCUGAAGUCUGCAUCGAUACUCAGGAUCACGUGUUCAUGCGUUGGCGAGUACACAACAUAAACGACGCGAAAGGUUUAAUUACCGUUUUCGCUUCCAAUAACUGGCUUCUUGUGCCUUCUGAGGCAGUGUCCGUGCUAUUCUACAAGUUAGAGGAAGGGGUACUGACAGACUCCACUUUAUACGGCGCCGACCACACCCCUGGCAUGUACACGAUCGACCUGCUGUGUUUACAUUCAUCCUGCUCGCUCUCUGUCAGCGCUCCGACCCUUGUCAACUGAAAGAAGUGCUUGCUAGUUGAAGACGAUGCACAGCAAAGAGGGGAGUCGCUGGAUUUUAUUAAGGUACUAAGAGUGAGGGAGAGGGAGAGAGAAAGGCAGAAAAAAAACGUUGUUAGACGGCAGUAGACGAAAAUACAGACCAUUUUGUCGGUGUUUUAGAUUGGUCCUAUUACUCGUAAAUGAGUAAUAAUAAGUAUUGACUGGUCAGGUCACACAAAAUUAUUGCCUAUGUUCAUCUUUUUGGGGACUCACACAGCACAGAUUAUGGGGCAUAUGCAGGUCAUCUCUCUAUGAGGAAUUGAUGACAUCCUCUUCACCAUUUUGCAUUUAAAGUAGAGAUCGAAUUCAGUCUGUGACAUCACACAUUCCAAUGUAACGGCAUGUUACUUGAUGCCCCCUGCUCUUUAUUCAGAGGAUGAAUACGAAUAUCAUAUGAGGACCUGUACACAGCACUGACAUCUUCACUCAUGAGAUCCUUCGCCAGUACCCUUCCCUCCUCAAUGAACCUUUCGUAAACAAGACGGCUAAGAACAGGAACGUAUCUGGUGAUGUCUUUUGACGAAUCCCUCUCGAAGGUUAGAGUUGAAACGAGUAAAACACCAUACACACUGUGAUGUCUUUAACGGAUAUCCAUCUUAGAGUUAUACAUAAGUUCAUAUGUAAUUAACCACCACAACAGGGACAUUUCAGGCCAGAACCAUAGCUGUGUGUGUCCUAAUCUUAUAUUCUUAUAUUCGAUAUAAAUAACAAAAUCUCACAGUUUGUCGGUGAUUCAACUAAUAAUGUUUCUUUAAUGGAAUUAGAAUCAUUAUUCCUAUUCCUAUAAUUUUAGCAUUUUAUAACAGUAACCAUAAUUGGGUAUUUUUAAAGAUUCUAAAUAAAU